UCCAUAACCUCAUCCAUCAUUGGCACAAGUUCUAAUUCUAAUAUACUUAGAAACAUUUUCUUACAAACACUUUCUUUCUUACAAACAUUUUCAUUUUGAGAACUAAAGUUUAUAGGCAUGAAUACAUCAAUGAUAGCUUCUUUCUUUGUUCUUUUGUUGGCCUUUCCUUAUGCAUUUGCAACUGAUUUCACCGUUGGUGAUGCCAAUGGAUGGAAUCUAGGAGUUGAUUACACCAAAUGGGCUUCUGGAAAAACUUUCAAAGUUGGUGAUAACUUAGUGUUCAAAUAUGGCUCCUCCCACCAAGUGGAUGAAGUUGAUGAAAGUGACUACAAAAGCUGCACUUCAAGCAAUGCCAUAAAGAACUAUGCUGGUGGAAAUUCUAAGGUUCCAUUGACUAAAGCAGGAAAAAUUUACUUCAUAUGCCCUACUCUAGGUCAUUGUACUAGUACUGGUGGCAUGAAGCUUGAAGUAAAUGUUGUUGCUGCUAGCACCACCCCAACUCCAAGUGGCACCCCCCCACCAACAAAAUCUCCAUCAACCACACCAUCAACUACUCCAUCCACUACUCCAUCAACCACACCAUCAGCUCCUUCAGAGACAAACUCAACUACUCCAUCACCACCAAAGGAUAAUGGAGCUGUUGGUGUUUCCAAUGGUGUUAGUCUUUUGAUUGGUUCUUUCUUUGUUUCAGCAAUGAUUUUGGGUUUGAUGGGCUAGGGAAGAGACAGUGCUAUUGUUAAUCACCAUAAUUUAUGUACUAUUGGUUUGUUGAAUUUGCUUGAAUUUCAUUUCAUCUUGAUGUGUAUGAGCCUUUAAUUAAAAAAGAAAACAUUUCUUCUUUUAUAGGCAUAAUAA